UUGGUGCUGAAGGCCGGGCGGCGGUGGAAUAAGUACUUUAAAUCCCGCAGGCCGCUCUUCACGGGGGGGCUCGUGGGAGGGCUCUUCACAUACGUCCUGUUCUGGACUUUCUUGUACGGCAUGGUGCACGUCUACUAA